UCCUCUCUCUCUCUCCUGUGCUGCUCGGCUCUGCUGUGCUCUGGGCUGCGUAUGCGUGCGUGUGUGUGUGUAUUUGUGCGUGUGUGUGCGUAUGUUUUUUCCCAUACUGCUCUCUCUCCUCUCCGCGUGUCCCAUGCUCGCACCGCUGCGGCCCCGUUCCACUCAUCCUCCUCCUCCUCCUCUUCCUCCCUCCAUUCCACUCCAUUCUCCUCCUUACUUUCUCGCCCUCAUCUCCUCUCUUUACAUGCGUUAGUGCGCACUCCACCUUCCUUCCUCCUCCUCUUUCUUUCUUUUUUAUUAUUUUUCCUUUCUUUUUGGCUCUCUGUGUUUUUUGGAGUGAAGACCCAUCUGUUCGUCUUGCCCCAGGAUGUCUUACCCUCAGGGGUACCUGUACCAGUCCCCUGCCUCCCUGGCGCUGUACUCCUGCCCGGCGUACGGGGCUCAGGCUCUGGCGAGGAGCGAUGACCUGCUCCGCUCCUCGUCUUCCUCGUCCUCGUCCUCCUCUUCGUCCUCAUCUUCCUGCUCCUCGUCCUCCUCCUGCUCCUCCUCGGGGUCUGCCUUCAGUCCUUACCCCGGAUCCGCCGCUUUCUCCAGCCCGCUGCCCUACUCCGCCGACCCGGCCAGCGCCUUCCCACCCUACAUGGGUUCCCCCUACGACCCCCACCCCGCGGGUCUGGCGGCAGCAGCAGGUGCCGUGGGAUUUGCCCCCUACCCCGGGGCAGGUUACCCCUACCAGCUGAACGACCCCACGUACCGUAAGAACGCCACGCGCGACGCCACGGCAACGCUGAAGGCCUGGCUGCAGGAACACAGGAAGAACCCCUAUCCCACCAAGGGGGAGAAGAUCAUGCUGGCCAUCAUCACCAAGAUGACCCUCACCCAGGUCUCCACGUGGUUUGCUAAUGCCAGGAGGAGACUCAAGAAGGAGAACAAAGUUACGUGGGCGCCAAGGAGCAAGAGUGAUGAUGAGGAUGAAGAAGAUGGAGACGGCGAGAGGAAAGAGGAGCGAGCUGGGAAGAGUCUGGAAAACGAGGAAGCUUCUGCUGAGGACGAAGGCAUCAGUCUGCAGGUGGACAGCCUGACGGACCAUUCUGUAGAGUCCGACGGCGAGAAGGUCACUUGCAGGAUCAGUGAUCUUGUCUGCAGCUCUGGACCUGAUGCCAAGGACAAAUGUGAUGAGAAUGAUCUGGACGUUGGCCACGGAGAGCGGCGACAGGGUCUGUCACCCAAGCCAGUGACCUCUUCACCCCUGAUGGGUGUGGAGGCUCCGCUCUUGGGCCACCACCACCACCACCAGGACUCCAGAAACAAAAGCAAGGCCUGCCUGGACAGUCGAACGGCCUCAGAAGGCCAGAGCCAGACAGUCAAGCCCAAGCUCUGGUCCUUGGCUGAGAUCGCCACCUCGGACCCCAAGCAGCCCCUGGGGCAAAGCUGCCCCUCGGCUGUGGGUCUUCUAGCUUCAACGGCCUCCGGCACGUCUCCGGCCGCUCCUGUGUACUCGGCCUCUUCCAUCCUGGGACGGCCGCUGUACUACACCUCGCCCUUUUACAGCAACUACACAAACUAUGGGAGCUUCAGCCCUUUGCAGGGCCAAGGGAUUCUGCGCUACGGCUCUACUGGAAUGGCUGCUAAUGAGGGACUUCCACAGACUGUGCUCAGUGCCAGCGCCAUUCACAAACACACGUCCGAACACCUGCUAAAGUCUGCCCACAGUCAGACUGAGCAACACUUCAGGGCUUCGAAUGUAGAGUCGAAGAAAGCAGACUCCCCAGAUGUGUGCACAGUAGGACCUCAGUCUUACCUGUCAAGCUAAAAAAAAAAGGGACGAGGAAGACCAUUCAAGUAGGUGUCACAGUUGCUUUGAGCAAAGCGAACAAAGCCAUCACCCCCACCGACCCCGUCCACACUGCUGGUCUUAAAAAAAGCCCACCAGCUUCUCCCCGAACCGGAUUGCAUUGAGAACUGCAGAGCACUUGACUAGAUCUAAAACCAUAUGGCACUGCGACAUGAGGAAACAUGGAGGUGCAUAUUCUUUUUUUUUCUUUUGUUUGCCCCCCCCCCCUUCCCCUCUCUGAUGACUUGUGCAUUUAUGGAUAAAGUAGUUAUCUCACCAUAAGGAAACUCUCUCUCAGGACCCCCUGUAGUUUGCUUCAUUGCCAUCAUGUGUGGGACACGAUUAGUCUCGACUUCAUCUGUACUUUAUUUGUAAAGGCUGUAAACUGGAGGAGGACGACAUGUGGGGCUGGUAAACUCAACUAAGAGUGGAAUACAUUUGAUAUUUAUUUUUGUAUAAUGACGGCAGUUGCCUAUUAAUUUAUGCAAGUUGUAUUGCAAUGGAAAGCAGAAAACCUUGUUUUGUAAAUAAAUUAUAAUUGGUUUUUAUUUAAAAAAAACGGCGAGAAAAAAAAUACAGAAGUUACAAAAUGUUGUUAAGGAGAAUACUUUUACUAAUUUAUAUCUUUCAUUGUGAAUAAAAGGUGCUGGUGUGCACUAGGAAACCUGGA